ACGUGACACAGGGCAAAUUUCCAGGGAGAUCACGUGACUCUUGUGUUGACGAUUGUCUCAUCUGCACAAUGAAUAGGGGCUCUGCCGGCGCUUGGUGCAAUGUCAUUAUCCAUAACUGAAAUUUAAAGACCAAAACCUUUGUUGGGCAUCGUCUGCGUACGAGGACAGCACCCCGAAGCUAUAUUCAGAUGUUUUAAGUAAGAUAAAUUCGAAUGCUAUUCAGCGCUAAUAUAAAAAGGGAUUUUUUCAACGCCGACUGGAAAAGACAUCCCAUGAAGUUCAAUAGACUGACGGCACAUCCGUAAGGUUCUGUGAGAUUGGCUGGCUUCACGCACUGUUUGCAGGAUGACCGUGCUGCGGCAGUUCGGCCUGCUGCUAUGGAAGAACUACAUUCAGCAGAAGCGGCAGAUCCUCGUGACCCUGGUGGAGAUUGCCCUCCCCCUGCUCUUCUCCGCCAUCCUCAUCGUGCUGCGCCAGAAGAUCCCCUUCAUCAACUACCCCAACACCACCGCCUACCACAGCUUCUCUGUGGACGGGCCGCCUCCCCACCUCCUCCCUGGCCACUUCCAGCUGGCGUACGUGCCCAGCAAUGCCAGCGUGGUGCGCCAGGUGGCCGAGGACGUGCAGCGCAGCCUGGGCGCCUGGGUCAUCAGCUCGGUCCGCGGCUUUGAGACGGAGCAGGAGUUUGAGGACUUUGUGCGGAGGGACCCGCAGUCUGGAAAGGUCCUGGCUGCCGUGGUGUUCGACCACGCCUUCACCCGCAGUGACGAGGCGCUUCCUCUGCAGGUGAAGUACCACCUGCGGCUCAAGUACAGCCCGCGCAACGCCCCUGCCAAGGAGUCGACCGAGCUGAACCCCAACAACGACCUGGACUGGCACACGCUCAGCCUGUUCCCCCUGUUCCAGCUGCCGGGUCCUCGGGAGCAGCACAGCCCGCAGGGGGGCACCCCGGGGUACUUUCGGGAGGGGUUCCUGAUGGUGCAGCACGCGGUGGACGCCGCCAUCAUGCGGGCGUAUAACCGCACGGCUGCCUCGGCGCUGCUGGGCCGCACCCGCGUGGUGCUGUCCCGCUUCCCCUACCCGCCCUUCAUCUACGACCUCUUCAUCCUCGCCAUCCAGAACCAGCUGCCCCUGCUGCUGGUGCUCAGCUUCACCUACACCUCCCUGAACAUCGUGCGCGCCGUCGUACAGGAGAAGGAGCGCAAGCUGAAGGAGUACAUGCGCAUGAUGGGACUCAGUAAUUGGCUGCACUGGAGUGCCUGGUUCCUCAUGUUCUUCCUCUUCCUCUCCAUCUCCAUCUUCUUCGUCACACUGCUCUUCUGCAUCAAGGUGAGCCCCAGUGGAGCGGUGUUGACCUACAGUGAUCCCACCCUGGUGUUUGUGUUCCUGCUUAGCUUCGCUGUUUCCACCAUCAACUUCAGCUUCAUGAUCAGCGCUUUCUUCUCUCGAGCCAACGUGGCGGCAGCGGCGGGCGGCUUCAUCUACUUCCUGAGCUACAUCCCGUACGUCUUCCUGUGGCCGCACUACGACCUGCUGUCCCACGCGCAGAAGGUGUCCGCCUGCCUCAUCUCCAACGUCGCCAUGGCGAUGGGCGCCCAACUGGUGGGCAUGUUCGAGGGCAAAGGAGCCGGGAUUCAGUGGCAUAACCUGUUUGAGCCGGUGACGGUGGACGAUGACUUCUCGCUGGGUCAGGUGAUCGGGCUGCUGCUGCUGGAUGCUGUCCUGUACGGCCUGGUGGCCUGGUACAUGGAGGCGGUGUUCCCUGGCGAAUACGGCGUCCCGCUGCCCUGGUACUUCUUCCUGCUGCCCUCCUACUGGGGCGGGACCCCCCGUGUGACCCUGGUGAAGGAGAAGGAGGAGGAAGAAGAUGCCGAGAAGGCGUUGAAGGGGGAGUUCAUCGAGGAGGAGCCGGCAGGGCUGGUGUCGGGGGUCAAGAUCAAACACCUGGCCAAGAUGUUCAAAGUGGGCAACAAGACCAGGGUGGCGGUGCACGACCUGACCAUGAACAUGUUUGAGGGCCAGAUCACUGUGCUGCUGGGACACAACGGAGCUGGGAAGACCACCACCCUGUCCAUGCUGACCGGCCUGUAUCCGCCCAGCGGCGGCCGCGCCUACAUCAACGGCUACGACAUCGCGCAGGACAUGGCGCACGUGCGCCGCAGCCUGGGCCUGUGUCCGCAGCACGACGUGCUCUUCGACAACCUGACCGUCGCGGAGCACCUCCUGUUCUACUCUCAGCUGAAGGGGUACCCCCGUGAGAAGAUCCCGGAGGAGGUCGAUCGCAUCCUGCUCAUGCUGAACCUGCAGGACAAGCGCCACGCCCGCUCCAAGACCCUGUCCGGCGGGAUGAAGCGCAAGCUGUCCAUCGGCAUCGCCCUCAUCGGGGACUCCAAGGUGGUGAUGCUGGACGAGCCCACGUCGGGCAUGGACCCCUCUGCCCGCCGCGCCACCUGGGACCUGCUGCAGGGGCAGAAGCGCGGGCGCACCGUGCUGCUCACCACGCACUUCAUGGACGAGGCCGACCUGCUCGGGGACCGCAUCGCCAUCAUGGCCGGCGGGGAGCUGCAGUGCUGCGGCUCCCUCUUCCUCAAGAGGAAAUACGGUGCUGGCUACCACAUGGUGAUUGUGAAGGACGCGCUGUGCAACGUGUCGGAGAUCACGCGGCUGGUCCACAUGUACGUGCCCAACGCAACACUGGAGAGCAGCGCUGGGGCGGAGCUGUCUUACAUCCUGCCCAAGGAGAGCACCAACAGGUUUGAGCUGCUGUUUGCGGAGCUGGAGAUGAACAGAGAGGAGCUGGGGAUCGCCAGCUAUGGAGCCUCCAUCACCACUAUGGAGGAAGUGUUUCUCCGGGUGGGGAAGCUGGUGGACUCCAGCCUGGAUAUCCAGGCCAUCCAGCUGCCGGCCCUGCAGUACCAGCACGAGCGCAGGUCACAUGACUGGAGCGUGGACGACGCCAGCAGCAUCAGCGGAAUGACCGACGUGACGGACUUCACCGACAGCGGGACGCUGAUCUCCGAGGACUGCUCCAACAUCAAGCUCAACACGGGGGCCAGGCUGUACAUGCAGCAGUUCUACGCCAUGUUCCUGAAGAGGGCGCUGUACAGCUGGCGGAACUGGAAGGUGAUGGUGGCGCAGUUCCUGGUGCCGCUCAUCUUCACCGUCCUGGCGCUGGUGGUGGCGCGGAGCCUGCCCGGACACCGCGACCUGCCCCAGCUGCCCCUGGACCUGAGCCGCUACGGCCCCACCACCGUCCCCGUGGCCCUGGAGCCCGGGGCCGGGCCCCUGGCCGCCGCCCUCGCCGCCAGCUACGCCUCGCAGCUCCCUGCUCAGGGGGCCUCGUCCAAGAACAUCAGCGACCUCCCUCAGUACGUUCUCGACAUGUCUGAAAAAGAGGGCGGAGCCUUCAACGAGCGCUGCGUGGUGGGCGCGGCCUUCAGGGGCCACUCGCGGUCCUUCGCCGAGGCCACCGCCUACUUCAACAACCAGGGCUACCACACCCCGGCCACUGCCCUACUCCUGCUCGACAACGCCCUCUACAGGAUGCUGGCGGGACCCAACGCCUCCAUCCAGGCUGGGAACGCCCCCAUGCCCCGCAACGUUUCAGAGACAGCCCGCAGCCAGCUCACUGAGGGCCAGACCGGCUUCGCCAUCGCCAUAAACCUGAUGUACGGCAUGGCGUCCCUCUCCAGCACCUUCGCCCUGCUGCUGGUCGCCGAGCGCUCGCUCAAGUCCAAGCACGUCCAGCAGGUCAGCGGCGUCUACCUCUCCAACUUCUGGUUCUCCGCCCUCCUCUGGGACCUGGUCAACUUCCUGCUGCCCUGCGUGCUCAUGCUGGUGGUGUUCAGGGCCUUUGGGGUCCGGGCCUUCACGGAGCAGGGCCACCUGGUGGACGUGCUGCUGUUCCUGCUGCUGUACGGCUGGGCCGUGGUGCCGCUCAUGUACCUGCUGAGCUUCCUGUUCUCCAGCGCCGCCACCGCCUACACCCGCCUGACCGUCUUCAACAUCAUCAGCGGCACCGCCACCUUCCUCGCCGUCACCAUCAUGAGCAUCCCCGAAUUGAACCUGCAGCACCUGGCCUACGUGCUGGACAAGGUCUUCCUGCUGUUCCCCAACUACUGCCUGGGAAUGUCCUUCAGCCAGUUCUACCAGAACUACGAGAUGAUCACCUUCUGCACCUCCAGUGUUCUCGCCCAGUUCAUCUGCACGGAAAUGAACAUCACGUAUCAGGAGCACUACUUCUCCAUGUCCGAGCCCGGCGUGGGGCGCCUCCUGGUGGCCAUGGCGCUGCAGGGCUUCGUCUUCAUCACGCUGCUCUUCGUCAUCGAGAUGCAGUGCUUCCGCACCUUAUGCCGGCAAAUCAGCUCCCUCUUCAGGAGGAAGAAGACGGUGCUGCUGGUUGGAAACACGGCCUUGCUGCCGGAGGACAGGGACGUAGCGGAGGAGAGGAAGAGGGUGCUGGAUUGUCAUCCGAUGAUGGAGUCCAUGGUGGGGAGUCCCCUCAUCCUGCAGGAGCUCAGCAAGGUGUACUGCAGCGGGCAGGCCCUGCUGGCGGUGGACAGGCUGUCCCUGGCCGUGGGGAAGGGCGAGUGCUUCGGCCUGCUGGGCUUCAACGGAGCCGGCAAGACCACCACCUUCAAGAUGCUGACGGGGGACGAGACGGUGACCGCCGGGGACGCCUACAUCGACGGCUACAGCAUACUGAGGGACAUCAAGAAGGUGCAGCAGCGGAUUGGUUACUGCCCACAGUUUGACGCCCUGCUGGAUCACAUGACGGGCCGGGAGACGCUGAACAUGUACGCCCGGCUGAGGGGGAUCCCGGAGAGAUACGUGAGCGGCUGCGUGGAGAACGUGCUGCGGUCCCUCCUGCUGGAGCCCCACGCCGACAAGCUGGUCCGAGGAUACAGCGGGGGGAAUAAGAGGAAGCUGAGCGCCGGCAUAGCCUUGAUUGGCGGGCCCCCCGUCAUCUUCCUGGACGAGCCGUCCACGGGCAUGGACCCGGUGGCCCGCCGGCUGCUGUGGGACGCAGUGACCCGCACCCGCGAGUCCGGCAAGGCCAUCAUCAUCACCUCACACAGCAUGGAGGAGUGCGAGGCGCUGUGCACGCGGCUGGCGGUCAUGGUGAACGGCCAGUUUAAGUGCCUGGGCAGCCCGCAGCACCUGAAGAGCACGUUCGGCAGCGGCUACACGCUGCUGGCCAAGGUCCAGGCCGAGCUGGAGGAGAUCGGCGUGCAGCUCUUCAAGGACUUCAUCGAGAGCACCUUCCCAGGAAGUGUGCUAAAGGAUGAACACCAGGGCAUGGUGCACUACCAUCUUACGGACAAGACGCUCACCUGGGCACAGGUGUUUGGGACCAUGGAGGCUGCUAAAGAGAAGUAUGGCAUCGAGGAUUACUGCGUGAGCCAGAUCUCCCUGGAGCAGGUGUUCCUGAGCUUCGCCCAGUUCCAGCACUGCGCCGAGGCCGGCAGGAAGUAGAGCGGCCGGCCGGCUCUAGAGUGGCCUGCGUCUGUCGCCCCCUGGCUGCAUAUGGCUGCGUGUGCGGACUCUCUUCUGCAGAGCAGCAAGCAGCUAGGCCUCUCCCUCAGGUCUCCCCACACACACACACACAUGCCCGCCGCACACACACACACACACACACACACGUGCCCGCCCGCACACACACACACACACGUGUGCGAGCACUCACACAUGCAUAUGCACCUACACACGUACACACACAUAUGCAAACAUACACGCGCGCACACACACACACGUGUACUCACCUACACACACACACACACACCCACACCUACAACUACACACACAACGCUCACUCUCUCACACAAUUUCCAUAAACACACACCCAUGUACACACAAAAUGGGCCUUCACCACUGUGCAGUGCAAGACCAGGAGGCCUGACCCCCACGCUGCGCCCUCUACAGGUGCUGAGCUGACACUACAGUUGGCCAAUUGCUGGGGUUCAGUGUGUACAUUUUUUAAAAGUUAAACUGUGUGCUGUUUGUUGAGAGGGGUGUUGAGAGACAGUGGAGGGGGUGGGCAGGGAGACUACUACUUUACAACGUUUUCCAUUGUAGAUUUUGCACCUUCUGUUUUUUUUUUUUGCAAAAAAAGAAAACCUUGUACGACUAGAUUUAAGAUUGUACUUUUGUGUGACAGACAGGGUUAUCCAGUGUAAGUGCGUACGUAUGUGCAUGCACUUGUAUGCAAACAUUGUCAUUUAAAAUUUUGUCUUGAACCAUUUUUUUUCACAUGAUACUUACAGUGGUCUUAACAAGGGGGGGUGGGGGGGUUGCACAGUUAAUGCUGUAGAUGAUCACUAAAAAUCGUAAAGGACACAAAAUAGAAGGAAAACCCCAUACUAAACUCAGUUACAGCUGUAAGUGAUGCAUUCCUGUAGUUGUACCAUCUGUAGCACCCUGGUUGCAUUUCACUGUAAACUCCCCAAGUCCAUUUUCCCCCACAUCCAUGUGCAUGCCCAUGUUUGAAGUCUUAAUUUGUCUUAAGUCUUAGAAUGUUUGUUCUGUGGUGUGUAAAUAGGGAUCAUUCCAUUUAGUAACUGUACAGAACUCUUAGUGGUUUCCUGUCCAAGACUGUACGGACAUGAGAAGGUGUAGAAAUGCAUGCCCGAAUGAACUUUUGCAUUGGUGACCGUUCCGCACGGAAGAAGUGAAGAAAACUCCGCCCACCAUCUUAAGAUGCUGAGAAGCGCCAAGGAACAACACAGCUGGCUUAAGAAGAGAGUCAGGAAGUGGGGAUGUUAAUGUUAAUCACCGGUGCUGCGAUUAAAAACACUUGUGUCUUUGGCAAAAAAGUACAUGCCGUUGCAUUAAGACUGCACAAAAACCAGUUUAGUUUUUUUCCUCUCCCCAAAGGACGGUUGUCAGCAAGAUUGAGUUUACGCAAAAAGACGUCAAAGACUCUCCUUACUGAUGCAUCUCCCCGGCUAAGGCUAAUCCCCCUGGUCAAGGCUGCCGUGAGCAGGGGUGGCCACACUGUUGGUAUCGAGUCACUGGGUUGACUUGAAUAGCUGAAGUGCAUUACACUGUCUGCCAAUCUGUUAUUUCACGACACCCUUUCCAUGGAUACUCGUGCAGAAUUCAAACCUGAAACCAUUCCAUACAGGUGUGGAUUAAUUGGGGGGUGGGAUUAAUGUCCCAGGUGUAAUGGGUCCUGUCAGCCGUUACUCCAUAGUAACGGGUACAGCUGACCUAGUAGCUCUGUAUCUACCACACAUUUCCAAGCACUGAUGUGUAAGCAAAUCACACUUCUUUCGCCAUUGCUCCCCCCCCCCCCAUUUUGCAACACACGUACUGACUCCUGCUGAAACUGCUCUUUGAGGGGAGGGGUGGCCAGGUUAAUUUAACCCCUUGGGGUUUAUGACACCCCAAAGAAACACACUAUGGAUUGAGUUAAGAGCAUUCUGCAUGCAUUUGUGAGAUUGGAAUGUUUUUUUUUUUUUUUUCAUUUUAUUUAAAUAUUGUGUUGUAUCCAGUUUUGUUAUAGCUAUGCAUUUCAUUUGAAUUUGUUUUUUGUUACUUUGAUUUUUUUUACCUUUUCUUUUAAUGCAGAGCUGUUACUAUAUAUUUGUGGAAGGAAGAGAAAACGACUUGUUUAUGGUAUACAUGCACUACUACUGUUGACCGAUGCCACGCCUUCCAAAGCGGCGAGCUUCUCCAUGAGGAACCGUGACCUUUGGGUCACCCCUCCUAAAUCUAAAUCCGUCCCUUUCACUUCGUACUGCUGCUCUUUUAGAAGGGAAAGAUUUUGGGACAAAGACGAGGAGAAAGAACUGAUUUAUGCGUAUAGAAAUGUGAAUGGAGGUUCCGUCCAUCCAGGGGUUAGGGAUCGCCGCUCUGUCCUCCAGCUCAUGGUGCAGUCAUUGCGCAGAUACGUCCACCCCCCCGUUCCUGGAGAUCUUUGGUUUUUCACUCCAGCCCCUGACAAAGUGCACCUCGUUGAACAGCUCGCUCUCUUGUUGAGCUGCUGAUUGGUACAAAUCAGGUGUGCCAAAUUAGGGUUGAAAUAAAAACAAAAAACAACAAGGGUGGUAGAUCUGCAGGAACAGGGUUAGCCAGCCCCGGUUUAAAAGUUGCGAAUUUACCGCAAUUUGUCGGUUCAGUCCCUGCCAACGUGAAGUGCACUUUUUAAAAAAUGUUGUGGCAAUGUGAUGGUGUCGGGCAGUUGGGUCAUCUUUGCGCUCAUGCUAAGCUAACAGCCCUGUCGCUUUGGGAUGAAUAUUUGUGGGCGUCAUUGCCGGGACAGGAAGGCAGGUCCCACACACCCGCCUGCUGGGCGGAGCCCUCUGAUUGGGCUGCGGUUGUGUGUGACAGGGAAGGUCGGCCUGUGGGAAUCGACGGUUAGGCUCUAGCAUCGCGGUACUUUAUUUCUGUGCCCCGCCCAGUUUCUCUGACCAGGACUGCAUUUUAGCGGAGGCAGACUGUCCUAACCAAAUAACUCCGUCAAAGCCCUGAGGAUGACCUGCAUGUACUUGCUGAUAAUACCUAAUACAUUAGCCUAUGUAUCCAUUCACACUCCAGCACUGAGAAGGUGGUGGUGGGAAUAGUAAUUGAAUUAAAAAAAAAAAAAAAAAAAAAAUUUUCUUCUGUGAUGAACAGAGAUUUUGGGGGAGAUAUCGGUCGCUGACAUUCCUGGAGGACGUUCAUUUCUGUGGUUUUUGUUUUUCCACAAUGUUGCAGUUUCACUUACUGGCACCUUGCAUUUGCAUAUAGUACCUUCCUGGCCUUAAUUUCGUACAAUUACACACGCUAAUAUACUGAAUUCUUGGGCUAAGAGAAAACUUGAAGCAACAUCUAUGGUGAUUUAAAUAUAAAAAGCAAAACCGUACUUAUUUAAAAAAGGGAAUUUACAUUGUAAUCUAAUGUACUGUAUUAUUGAAUUACACUUGUCUACUGUACAUGUAUUGCUAUUUUUUAAAUUAAAUCUGCUUUAUGCAAAUGGGCAAA